AUGAAGCUGAAGAAAAACGGUUUUAGCCCUCCUUAUCAUACUUUUCAGCUUUCCAGCUGAGUAGCAACUACUUUAGAACUAUUAAUAUCAAGCCUAUGUAUCGCCCCAUUUCUUAGCAAACCUUUGACUUAUGUAUUUUGUUUUUCCUAUUAUCCAAUUCAGAUCCUUGAAAUUAUUAUUGGGAUCUUUGCAACCUUAUCAGAUCCAUCAAUUAAUAAAGAAUCGUAA